CUCUUUGAUCCCAAAGUUCUCAUUUUUUUUAAUUAUAUAUGUUGCAGAAUAUUAAAACCAGGGAUUUCUGGGCUUUGAUAGGAUUAAGACACGAUCGCAGAGAAAGUAGAAUCAAUCGUGGAAGAAGGAAGGGAAGGGAUAUUCGAAACCCUAAUUUCGAUCGUAUCCCCAUUUUCUACGAAAUCAUCGAUCGAAUCCCCCAAAAAAAACCUCAACUUUUUUCUGAUUUAGUGAUAAGUUUGAAAUCAAAGUUCAAAUUUUAUUUCUUCGGAUGGGUUUCUUAAAGAAGUUAACGGGGAUUUUCGGGUUCGGGCACAACGAUGGUGGUGGGCACCAGGGAGUUGCGAGUGAAGGGGAUAACAACACUAGAACAGUCUCUGAGGACGGCCGGGAGGAUAAUCAGGGGAGGUUCCGUGAAUCCGGACUUCCAAGGAGAGGUUUUGGAGUACCGGUUCAAGUAGCGGUUGAACGGUCUAAUCCUGGUCCUAUUCUUCAGCCUUGUGCUGCUUCUGACGGUGGUGUUCAGGGACUACGAUGGUACUCAAUGCGGCUAAGGAUUGAUGAAGAUGGAGAUGUUGCAGAUGAGUUCUUGGAAGAUCAUAACUGUAAGACUUCGUCAAGAAAAUGCAAAACAAAAGCUGCAAAAGUGAGAGGUUUAGUGAUAUCUUCUGAUGGGAAACUUCAGCCAUUAAUGCACUGAACAAUGGAGAAAUAUUUACUGAUUAGUGUGGUUGAAUCAGAGAAAGGUUAGAAACUGGGUUUCAUUUAGCCAUUCAAUCUUGAUAUAAAAUCGAUUAGAUUCUGGUUGUUGAUACUUGAGAACUUGAAAUAUUAUGUAACUGUGAAUUUUGUUUUUGAAAAUAGACAAGUAAAUCUGUUUGGGCUUGUGUGAAAACGUGUGAGCAAUUGUUGGAGGUGUGUAGCACGACAAGUUGUAUACAGGACCUCUGAUUAAGCUAAAAGUAUUAUGAUUUUUACU